AAGGAAAAUGAAGUCAGGGGAAGCAAACAAGCUCCGCGGAAUGAUAAGUGAAGGAGGGUAUCAAUUCUAACCGAAAUCCUCUCGGGUUAUCAUAGAAAUUGGCGAAACUUUCUUAUUGUUAACCUAUCCAAGCUAUUCGCCGAUUUCAAAACUAGCAGAAACAUGUCUCACUGUGAUCUGAAGUGAAAUGAUAGUUAAGGCGCCUAGUUGACCAUAAACUAGAAAUCAAACUUCUGUUUUCUCCUUUCCUGUUAGUAAUUGUAACGCUGUUACUUUUGCUGGUUUGCUUUAUCUAAUUAACAAGUGUAGAUUAAAAGUACAUUGCUUUUAAAGUUUAUCGGCAUAUGUUUAAACUGAAGUAUUAAAAACCGUCUUCUUGAAUGACAGUUUUCAUAUCAACCUAAUAAAAUUAUGUUGUGGAACAUCGUGUUGCUGUUCUUGCUCUGCAAAUUGUUGCAGUUAUCUCAUUAUGUUAAGAUUAUUGAUUUGCGUAAUGUAAUAUUGGAUAUUACAGAAAUUUAUGGAAAUUAAGGACAUUAUCCGUCCUUUUGGGAUCCUAUCAAUUAUACAAAAAGAAUGUUUUGCAAACAGCAUUACAGACAAGGAUUUAUACUUUGUUCAUAAUUAUAUAGUAUAAGAUUUAGUUAAUUUCCCUAAUUUUUAUUAAACUAUGUCGAUUCCUAUAUUCUUCUCUAAGCUAGGAGCACUGCAUUAAAAUUCAUGAAAUGCCAUCGAAGAAACAGUAUAAUUUAGUCAAUGAUGAUGCAUAUGAUAGUCGAAUACCGUUAUAUAACGAAGAAGCCUUUCAGCAUGGCAUCACAUUCCAUGCGAAAUAUAUUGGUUCCCUUGAAGUUCCAAGGCCAAGUAGUAGGGUUGAAAUAGUUGCUGCUAUGCGACGCAUUAGGUAUGAAUUCAAAGCCAAGUCUAUAAAAAAGAAAAAAGUCAGUAUUUCUGUAUCUGUAGAUGGUGUGAAAGUUAUUCUUCGCAGUAAGAGAAGAACUAAUCAAUGGCCUUGGGAUGAAAAUAAGUUUAUCAUUUUGCAUCAUCCUAUAUACAGGAUAUUUUAUGUGUCACAUGAUUCACAGGAUCUGAAAAUAUUUAGCUAUAUAGCUCGUGAUGGAGGAAGUAAUUCAUUCAAAUGUAAUGUUUUCAAGUCUAAGAAAAAGAGCCAAGCUAUGCGCAUUGUACGGACAGUUGGUCAGGCUUUUGAAGUUUGUCACAAGCUCAGUUUGGCCUUAGCUUCUACAUCUGCUUGCACUAAUGAAGAAUUAGAUGAAAGUAAUCUACAUGACCACAAUAAUAAAGUUAAAAGUCAAGGAGAUGGUGCUUCUGAACCUAACAGCUGUGAUACUCAGGAAGAAACAAAUGCUGCUAAAGUCUCAGAAUCUGUAACAAAUCAAUGCCUUCCACCUCUUAAUGAAAAUGACUUCAGUAAAAAAGACAUUGAACCAUAUAAAUCAUCUGUUCACACUUCUGGCCCUAAAAUUUCUGAAUCUUUAAGUGUUUACCAUCAUAUUCAGAUGUUAAAAGAACAGCUGGAGCAGCAAAAUCAGCAGAUGCAGUCAGUGGUCGGCCAAGUACAACUUCUAAAAGAUCAAUUGUCCGCUGAAAAAACUGCUCGUCUUGAAGCACAGGCUCAAAAUCAUCAUUUACUUGCACAUAAUCGAGAGUUAUUGGAACAUAUCAAGAAAUUGGUGGAUCAUAUUCAUACUAUUGAGGAAAAGUUUCAUAAGGCAGAAAAACUUGAUGGAACUUGUUUUCCUGAAUCAUUCCUUCCAUCUCAUCCUUUAGUCUCUGAUCUGGAUAAUACAUUUGUUCAAAAUUCAAAGUGUCUGUCUGGAGGUGAAAAGAAUUCUACUGCUACUGGUGGGAUAUCAGUUUUAGAUGACUGUAAUCCUUCCAACUUCCUUCAGAAGAACAUUUCCACUUCUUUUGGAAGACAAUUGUCCGUCCCUGGCACAACUUGCCACAGCUCAUCCAGCAGUCCAAAAUUAAGUGUGUCUUUUAAUUAUUCUGGUGUCUCACUUCCUGGAAGUCCAUCACAACAGAGCUUUUCCCCCAAUUUAGAAGCAAUUUUCAAACCCGAUAGUUUUGUGUGUAGUAGUCCAAAACAGACGAGGAAGACGAAAAUCAUAAGUCAGCCAUCCAGUGAAGCUCAUGCUUCUUCACCAAUACAGAGUAAUUCCUUGCCUCGAUCACCCUCAUUUUCUCAGUCUUCCAUGAGUACAGGCUAUAACAAGUCCAGAAAUCAAGAAGCAUUUGACUUUGACCCAGUUACUUUCACAUCAUCAUCACUUUUUAACCAUAAUUAUAAAUCCUCAGCUGCUGAUCAAGAAGAAGUAAAAUUUAAAUCGGCAUUGGGAGUUCUACCUCAGCAAAAAGAGGCUCCUUCACCUGAUCCUGUAUUAUCAGAUAAGGAUAGUUUUAUAGCUCAGGUAACUAGAGACAUUGCAAAAAUGAGUACUGGCACAAGAUUUGGAGAUAAUACAUCUGGGAGCAAAUCUUACGCAGACUCUCAUUUUUCAUCAUUGUUCAAAAGUUGAUUGUUCUUAUUCUGAACCCUUCUUUUAUCUGAUGACUUCUCUGCCGAAGUGUAAUUAUUUCUCUGUAAUGUAGUUUUUAACUGAUACACAACAAAUAAUUUUGAGAUCAUUACCAUUUGUAUUGUAAUAGAACUGUAUUAUGUGUUACAUCAAUUGCCAAUUUUCAGUAGGUGAGUCUGUGCCGUAUACAUUUUAUUCAAUUUUAUUUCAUAGAUGUUACAAACAAUUUACUGCAAACAAGAGAGUUGUUUGUAAUAACUUAGUUAUUUGUUACUUUCCUUUUACAAAUACCAUUUCUAAGUAAUUUUUAUUUAAAUUUGUUUUAACUUGGAUUUGAAUUAAGGAUUUCUUCUAUGGUUAAGGAUAUUAGUCAAACUAAUUCAUUUCCCUUAAGUAUUUUUAUAUUUAAAAUUUUUCAUUACAUUUAUAUACAUAUAUAUAUAUAAUAGUAGAAAUAAAACUUGGAACAAAAGAGACCUAUGUGGUCAAGAAUUUUGCACAUUGAGCUGCAAGAUUUAAAAAUAAUUAUAAAGAAGAGAAAAGUUCAAAAGUGAUUGCUUAAAAGUACAUUUGAUACUUUAGUUCCAAAUACUUUAGUUCCAAAUUCCAUUUGAUACUUUAGUUUACACCUUGUAAAAACAACAACAAUUAAAAUUGUGUAAAUUUUGACUAAUAGCAUUUUAGCUAUUUAUUUUAAUUUGUACAAUUGCCUAACUAGUCUUUCUUGUGUAUUUUUUUCAUGCUUAUAGUAAGUUUUGCAUUUACAAUUUUAAAUUUCUUGCGCGUCGAGAAAAGAAGCUAAAACCAUUGAGACUUACUACAUUUAGAUAAAUUAAUUUAAUUUUUCUUUUAAUAAAUUCGUUUUCAGUCUCAAUUGUUUUCGUUUUGACGAAACUCGUUAAGGUAUUAGCUGGAUUCGAGAUUUAAUUCGCUUUCCCUUGAUAAGUCCAGAUUAAACCUCGAGUUGGGCUAAUUUACCAGUUAUUGCAAUUUUUUGUACAUAGUUUCUGUGUAUUUGAAAUGAUUUUUAAUUUAAUUUUUUGCUUGCAUCAUUUUAAAAUUUAAAUUUUGAUAUUAAAUUUAUUAGUUUUCUCUCAUCCCUUUUUGAUUUUGAAGUUACCUCAUUUUGUAAUUAUUGCGUUAAGUUUUUAUGCCAUUACUUUUACCUCUUCAGUAUUGCAUUGUUGUUUUUACAAGGUGUAACUAUUUUACUUUGGAACUGCAGUAUCAAAUGUACUUUUAAGCAAUCACUUUUGAACUUUCCUUUUCUUUAUAAUUAUAUAUAUACACAUGUGUAUGUCUACAAUCAGCAUACACUAGAUAAAUAGUAUUUAUAGAAUUCUGUAUACCAUUUUUGUCUCAGACAAGAUUUUACAUCAGAAUUUUUUUUUUACAGAUUAAAAUCUUAAUAAUUGCACAAUAAUUCCUUUCACUUUUCCUUAUAUACAAAUAUAGAUAUUAAUCCCUAUUGUAAUUUAUGCAAUGUUAUAUUGCAUGCUGUAUUCACAAAUUGUUAUUAGUUUCUUUGUUAUAUGAUUUAAAUGCAUCAGAAAUGAAUUAAAAUGUGUGCCAAACCAAAACUAGGUGAUCCCAAGAUCAGCUAAUAUUGUAUGUAUUAUUGUUUAAAUAUUUCAUGCAUUUUAGGUAUGAAUUUGAAAUAUUAUGUAACAAACAUAAGCUAUUUUCAUACAAAGUUAAGAGUAAUGUUAAAGAAAAUAGUUAUAUAUUUGCUGCGAGAACAAUGUAUCUUGUCCACAAAAUACAAAUUUUCAUUUGAGAGACUCACUCUCUUCCACAAUUUUCUCUCAAAAGUGGUAACUUUUAUUGAAAAGAUUAUCUUAGUCUUUUGAAAGGGUUUGAAUUGGUAUAUAUACACCAUGUCUGCAGUGGUUAAGUCCUUACUUGCCUUUUAUUUUUACAACUGUUUGUAAUAGACACAUACUUCCAAUUACUAAAAUUUGAUAAUGAAGCAAAGAUUCAUAUUUUUUACUUAAAAUUAUAAAAUGUGAAAUUUAACUUUCUACAAGUUUCUUCGAUCCCUGUAGAAAAAUUUUUCACUCAUUAAAAAAAAAAAAAAAAAAAAAAAAAAAGAGAGACCAAGAUAUUGGAUUAAAAAAAAAAAAAAAAAAAAAUUGAAAAUCACAUUCAGGGGCCAUAUACAAAUUGAAGGACAAAAUGUUUAUAUUUGUAUGUAUCUAAAAAUAAAAUAUCUGUUAGAAAAAGGUUUCUGAUGUCAAGGGAUUAUGUGACAAGCAUUUCUAUGCAUAUUAUUAUAAACCAAUUCUCAACCAGUGGAACACGUACCACUGUGGUUACUCAACAGAAAAAUUGGUGGUAUGCAAAGAAACAAAGUAUUUUUAACUAUUAAAUUAAAAAAUUAAAUACCCAACAUCCUAUUUAAGUUUUCUGUCUCAUACUUGUAAACUUAUCCAAUCUGAGCUUUGCUCAAGGUCAAUAGCUGCUCAUAGACUUUAGCAAAAUAAUCCAUUUUUAUUUUCACAGAUAUUCUUUUAGACAUAGACGUAACAAAAUCUGUCAUAAAAGAUGUGUUUAAAAGAAGUAUUAGAAAUGGAUGUUGUAUUUAGUAGGAAAUAAAAAUAAGUUCCUAUAAAAAGAUAAUAGUAUCUCAUUAAUUCUUUUAGAGUUGAUCGAUUUGUUAACAUGUCUACACUUUAUGUCACCAUCAUUUCUGGGCUCUUGUUGCUCUAUUUUCAGUUAGAAUUAUUUUUUUAUGUCGAUUUGCUGUUUCUAAGAGCAGGUAUUUUAUGUUCUUGUUGCUAGAGAUUUGAGAAUAUCAUGGUUUGCUUUUGAAGAACUUGUAAUAUAUUGUACAUUUAAAUAUUUGUGAAAAAAAUAAUGAAACAAACCUAGAUUCUCAAAAUGAAAAAAUGGCUAGGAUUGGCUAAGCGGAAGGGUGAUAAUUCACAGGUGAUGGAUCCAGGACAAUCUACUAGCACUGAGAAUAUUGAAAAGAAAAGAAAAAAUUUUUAUAGAAAAUAUAAUGAAAGUUAUUUAUCAUUUGGGUUUACUUGGAAUGGAGAUGAAAUUGACCCUCAACCUCAAUGUGUUGUUUGCAGUGAACUAUUUUGGACUCAAAGUAUAAACCAUCGUUUCUUAAAAGACUUAUAAGCAUGCCAGUAAAUCUGAAGAAUAAAAGAGGAAAUUAUCGAAGUUCAAAAAUAGUAAACAAGCUAUGAAAGGUUUUUGUUACUUCAGGUGAAAAAGCUUUGUAAGCUAGUGAUCUAGUAAGCCUAAGAAUUGCCAAGACUAGGCAGGCUCACACUAUUGGGGGGGGGUGGAACUUAUAUUACCAGCAAGUAAACAUAUUGUUUUAAUAUUAUUCAAUGGAAAGGGGGCUAAUGAACUUAAAUAAUAUUUCAUUACCAAAUGUUACAGUCAAGUCGAUGAAUUCAUGAAAUGGCGAAAUCCAUAAAAGAGACACUUACUCAAAAAAUAAAACUCAGUAAGUAUUACACAUUGCAAUUGGACGAAAGUACUGAUAUAACAAACUUUGUUCAAUUAUUAGCUGACAUAUGGUUCAAAGAUAAACAAAUUGUUGGAGAGUAUUUAUUCUGUGAAUCUGUUCGUGAUAGAGCAACUGCAAUUGAUGUUUUUAAAGUAAUUUGCAAUUUUAUAUCUAAGAUAGAUAUUGCUUGGAAUAAAUGCAUUGUCAUAUGCAGUGACAGAGGUCAGGUUUUAAAAGAAAAACAUUAUGGUGUUAUUUCUCAAAUAAAGAUAAUUGCACAUGGAACUAAAUUUACUCAUUGGUCCAUUCUGUGUGAAAUUUUAGUAGUCAAAACAAUCCCAGAAAACCUGAAAAUCAUUUUGAAUCAAACUGUGAAAAUUGUUAAUUUUAUUAAAAGCCAAGCUUUAAAUUUAAGAAUAUUUAUGAUUUUAUGCCAAGAGAUGCACAGUGAACAUGGAAGGUGUUUGUUAUGUUCUGAAGUGAAGUGGUUAUGUAGAGGCAAAGUUUUAAAUCGCCUUAUUGACUUUCGAUCAUAAAUUCAAAUUUUCUUCUGUGUUUCGAAAUUUAAAUUGCAAAAAUGUUUAUUCAGUAAAUAAUGAUUGGCGUGUUUACCAUAUUUAGUUGAUAUUUUUGGAACAUUAAGUGAAUUAAAUUUAGGAUUACAAGGAUAAAGUGUUAAUUUGUUUGCCAUUAGAGGUAAAAUUAAUGCAAUGAUAAUAAAACUCAAACUAAUAAUCAGAGAAUUGGAUUUUAAUAUUUUAAGCCUUUUGCCACUUUAUUUUGUUUACUAUCCGAAAAUAAUUUGAAAAUAGAAAAAUUAGCAUCUGACAUUAAAAACCAUUGCUUUAAAUUGAAAAAUCAUACCUGAUGCCGUGACAGUAGCAUGCGACAACUGAGACAUGCAUUUUCUUCAACAUUAUUGCUUUCACAUUAUUGUCUCAGGACAUCUCGAGCUAUUGAAAUGACUGGGAUUUGUAAAUGCGCAAGGCUCUCUCCUGAAUUUGCACGAGAAAUUUCUUUCUCAGUUAAGAAGUAUUCUAUCAUAUGUCAGGAAAGAUAUGCACUUCCACACGCCGCUGCACACAGCAUGUGGCUUUCCCAGCCUAGGAGCCUGUUGAACGUGUCUCGCACCUGAGCCUUCAACAUGUAUUUUCUCAAGGGUUAUGAAAAAGAAAAUUGGAUUAUAAAUUCAUUUUGUUCAAAUAUACCUGGAAUUUUAUCUCAUAAAGAAAAAGGAUUAGGAUUAUUCAGUUAUGGCAAAGCACACGAGGGCUAUCUGCCUAAACGGAGGGAUGCCUUCAUGGAGCACUUUAUAAGGGAAACUGGCUUGGAUACACGUUACACUUGGGGAAAACCACAAAAACGCCCAUGCAGCCAGCUCGUUCGCGGAAUUUGAACCUCAGACCGAAAUACCAGUGUUCAGCAUCUUUGCCGCUCGACCGCUGAUGGGCUCCAAUUGAAAAGAACAAUUGAUAGAAAUUUCCUGUAAUCACAUUCUAGUUGAAGAUUUCAAAAAUAACAUACUUGUUAACUUUUAGCUGAACUGAAGAAAAGAAUUUAAAGGCAUUUCAAAUAACGCUAUUUGCGUGAACAAGGAUUUCCUUCCGUCUUAUAUUUAAAAAUAAAUACAGAACAAAAUUAAAAGUGGAUCCUAAUUUGCAUUAAAACUAAGUGAGGCCCAAUUCUAUCACUAAUCACAAAACCGUAUCAUUGAAUGGCAUUUAAGGAGGGGGACUCGACUGUGAUUAAUUUUCAUUUAUUUACUAACCCACUCCUCAAUGAAAAUUUAAUAUAAUGUUGAAAAUCGAAAUUAAAUACCUUAAUCAAUUUGUGUCAUACAAUAAUCAAACUUUUUCCUUUUAUUUUUUAUAAUAAGUAUAAAAUUUUCUUUAAUAUAGGCAUACAAACUGGAGGAAUGUAUAAAAAUGUUGAUUUUGUAAUAUUUACAAAAUUAAUGUCUUAAAAUUUAAAAAUGCCAGAACAUGAAUCAAUUUUUGUGCCAUCUAGAACAUUUUAUAACUUAACCCUUUUGGUUCUAAUGGGCACAUGUGUCCCAGAAAUUAAAUUUCAUGCCCUAUUGGGUUAAUAAAACCCACUUUGAAAUGUUUUUAUACAUUUGCAGUGUUUUUAAGGAAUUAGGGAAAAUAUACAACUAAAGAAACCUGGCAAUACUUUAGAUUGCAGAUGGCGCACUUAUGUUUUUGAUCAUGCUGAUUACUGAAGUUUCGAUUUGCUUAUUUUUUAUUUUUUUUUAUUAUUUAUUUAUUUUAUUUUAUUUUAUUUUUACAGUAAGUACAGUUAUAUUAUUUAAGGCAUACUUAGUGUGAAAUCAUUCUUAUUUUUCUUAUUAAGUAGUAAUUUAACAUUUCUAAUGUCAGAUUUAAGAAAUUUGGAAUAAAUUCUUUUUGUGGGAUAUAUUGUCCCACUCGUAUUUAACAGUGAGUUACUAUGUCCCAUCAGUGAUCAAAUUACUACAUGCUGAUAUAUUAGGUGUGUGUUUAUGAAAGAUAUAUGAAAAUUUUUCUUGUAUAUGAAGUAAUGCAUGUGACAGAUUUUAUGUUUUGUAAUAUUCACAUUAUAUAUUACCAUAAAUUUUAGAUUUGUUGUCUGAGAAAAAGGAUUGAUAAGAUAAUUAUUUCUGAGAAAGGAAUGAUAUCCUAGACAAUUGGGACAAAUAGUCCCAGUUGACAAUACGAUUGGGACAUAUUGUCCCAGGAGAUUUCCAGGAAACGAGAAAAGUUAAAACUUAGACUCGUACUACACUUCUUUUAGUAUGUCAACAUUAAAUUAAACUACUUUUCAUAGUUAAAAUUUAAUCAUGUAAAAUUCGGGUUGAAAGGGUUAAAGUUAAGAACUAAUGUCUGUGAAAAUAAAAGCUGGAAAGGACUUUUGUGUGAAGUGUAUAUACAUUCAUAUGUACAAGAUAAAUAAAAAGGUUCUUGUGAAAUUCCUAAAAUAAAUUCUUUUUUAGUCAAAAGUAUUUGAGCUAUUAACUGCUUAUGAAUUGAUUAUUUACAGUAAUGAUUGCUGAAUUAUGGUUCAAAAUUUAUCUGGUAACAAUUUCAGAAAAAUGGCCCUUAAGAUUAAUUCAAUUGUUUUUCUCCCUAAGAAAAAGUUUGGCUGAAUCAAUGUUAUGUUCAUCCUAUAUUUUCGGGUUUAUGCAUUUGCUUCUAAAUUAUUAGCAACUUUUAUUCUACUUUAUUUUUUACAGUUAAUUAAAUUUACUGUUUUAAAUGUGUAUUGCAAUAUUUGUUUACGGGGUUAAUUACGAGAAAUUCAAAAGCUAUUCUUAAUAUUUUUAUACACACAUAUGUAUAUAUGAACCAUGUUGCCAUAACAGUCAGUAAUAUUUAAUAACAUUAACACGUAACUGUUUAACUGCCAACGUGCUUCAGUUGUUUUACUUAAAAUGAAGUUUAGAUUGUAUGUAAAUUCCUACACAGUAUUAUAUUAUUAUUGUAAAUUCUGUGAUCUUUGUGUAUUAGGAAUAUGUGUAGUGUAUGUAUCUUUAUUACAAGAGUAAAUAUAUGGUGCUGUGUAUAAUCUCAAUUAUUAAAAAUGUUGUUGUUUGAAUCUCAUUUAUGGCUAAUGUUAUCUCUUUUAUUCUAUAUUUUAUACAUUUUUAAGUGACAUUUUAAAAAUUCAUUUGAACUGAUUUAUUAACAAAAAUAGAUAGGAUUGUGGUCAUAGUUUGUUUGUGCCUUGCAGCAGAUUUUUGUAUUGCAAAACACUGCAACAAUUGCAUGUUUGAUUUUGUAUCAGGAUAGAUACUUUUUUUACUUAAUUGAAGAAACAUGCUGAGAAAUAAAAACUGAAAUCAAUUAAUCUUUUAACAAUUUUGAAAAUAGAUUAAUUCAUAUUUAAUAAUCCUUCAUUAUUUUCAUAUUUUUAGCCCAAAAAAAUAUUUUUCCUCCUGAAGAAAUUGAAAGUUGUUUUAAGAUGUAUUGAAUUUGUUUUUCUGAGAAUGGAAAGAAAUAUGCAUGACUUAAUCUUAGAGUUUACAUCUAUUAUGUUAUAUUCAUUGUAAUAACAAUAGUGUAUUUCUAAGUUUUUUUUUUAAAGGUUGCUUAAUUCUUAAACUGAUUUUAAGAGAAGAAAAUCAUUUGACUGUAAACAAUAAUGUGAAAGAAGUGUUACUUUUCUGUUAACUGGGCAUUACUAAGAACCAAACAUUAAUGUUGACUUGAAAUCUUAGGUGACAACAAUCCUAAGCUUCAUUAAAAGAAUAACUAUUUUAAAUGUGUGUAAUGUCAAAUUUGUGCAAUUCUCUCAAAUUUUUUAAGCGAAAAUAUAUUGCUGUAUACAAUAAGAAGAAUGAAACUGUUGUUCUCUCAAUGUACACAGCAGUUUUUUUUUUCUGAUUGUAUGAGUUCAGCAAUGUGCAUAUUAAACAUUAUAUAUGUGUAGGAUAGUUCCAAAGUAGUAGGAAUUUAGAUAUGAUUUUGUUAUUUCAUCAGUUUUCAUCAUUAUUAUAGUGUAGUUUUCAAUUUAAUCUCCAUGUAAUUGAAUUCAUUUAUUCCAAUGAACAGUAAAUUGUUUAAAACAGCCUCAAAGAAUGUUUUUGGUGUGGACUCUUUUCUUAUGUCAUGGUUAAACUCUCAAAUCAUAUAAGUCGUAAAGCCGUUGAAAAAAAAAGUUUUUUUUUUCAACGGAAUGCACCUCACAAAUGUUGAAUAAAAAGUUUUUACACCCUCUAUCAACAAAAAGAAAAUUAUUGCUUUUCCCAUCUUCCGUGGUUGCAAAAACAGUGCUACAAAAAUAUGCCUGUAUCGGUGAACCAACUGAAUCAGGCAAACAAAAUUGGACGGAAUAGCUGCAUAAACAUUUUAAGACUUGUGUCUAGCCAAUAGUGUUGCCUAUUAAAUCUGGGAUUGUUCAUUUCUUAGAACUCUGGAAACAUUCCACUUAUUAUCAUUGCACAGCUAUUCAUGAUAUGAUAUCAACAGGCUAACAUUUGGUGCUUUGUUGCACAUUUGACAACUGGCACCCCAUUAACAGAAAAGUACCAAAUAAAUAUUCACGCUUAAAUUAUUAUUAUUUAAUUAUAUUGUAGUUAAAAUCAUUUUGUUAAAUAAAUUAAUAUUAAGCUUAAAAAUAAAAAUGCUAAUCCUCAUAAUCUAAAUUUAGAGGAAUAAGAUUAAGAUUAAAAGAUUUUUCUGUGAUAUUUCACAUUAUGUAACAUUCUGUGAAAUGUAGAAAAUUUUCAUUCUGUGUCACAUAUUAAAAGCACUUUUAUAUUAAUAAUAAGUAUAUACAUUUUUUUGUGAUAACUCUAGUAGCUAAAAAAUAUAAGACUGUCUGACAGCUUUAAAUUAGCCAAAAUUAUUAGGGAUGUAUUUGCCUUUACUACAUAUUAUCAGACUGAAACCAUCUUAAAUCCAUUGUUAUUUACAUUUGAUUUUAUUAUUAUAAAUACAAAUUUAGAUUUGAGAUUUUGUUUGAAUUAAAAUACAAGAAAUAAUACAAAAUAUAAUACUUAUGUUUACACAAAGAUUAUCAGGUGUAUAAUUUGAAUACUCAAAAGAUAAUUAUGCUUCUUUUUUGCUUAACUUGGCAAACCAGUAAUUUUAUAAUUUAUUUCAUUAGAUUUCAUUACUUUUAGCAUUUGAAAACAUCUCUAAAGAGUGGAACUAUUACGUCCUUUGUGAAAAAAAAUUACUACAAAAUGAAUUUUCAUUAAUUUAAGUAUGUUGAAAGUUAUUUAAUUGGAGUGAAAUAUCAUAUAGAUAAUUUAAUUUAUGAAACCCUGUUCCAAGAAAUUUAUUAAUAGAAUUAGCCUUUUUUUUUCCUUGACUCGUGGGAAAUUUAUAGAAUCUUGAAUCUUGUUGUUAAUGCCUUGUUUUAGUGAAAAUAGACCUAGAAUUAAACUAUCAUUGACAUUUCCCAUUUGUCAUUGUUCAGCUGAACAUGAAUGGAUCGUUAAAUAUUACAGUGUUUCAAAACUGUAAGUUUUCAUGUUCCAGUUAAGAUGUACUGUAACUAACCAUUCUGCUUUAAAAAAUUUUUUUCAAUGUUCAGUGUUUUGUAUUUGAUUUUAAUUAUGUUGUGGCAGAUAGGAAAAAAAUGAGAAAUUUUAAUUAUCAAAUUGUAAUUGCAUCUGGAAAUAAUUCAGUUUAAAAUACAAAAUUAUCUAAAGAAGCAAUUUCCCUUAAGUAUUUAAAUUUUACUAUAAUUUUGUAUAACAUAGGCUUCCUGUAAAUGCAUAAUUCCAGAGAAAUCACUAGUAUUUAAUUAUGAAUAAAGUAGCCUUUGUGGAUAAAAAUGUAAAAUAUGGCAUGAGUUGGAGAGUUUUUAAUUUUACAUUUAGGAAAAUGUGUAAAUUAUUUCUUUUGUUAAAGGUCUAUGAAAGUGUGACAUUCAGUUUACCUUAAAAAAAUUCAAAAUUCCAUGUUAGGGAUUUUUCACUUAACGUUUACUGGUAUUUUGUGGAUUGGGCUUAGCAACAAAAGUCUUAUUAGGUCUUCUAUUCCAAAUAAAGAACAAAUUUCUGCUGAAGAAAAAUAAAUUCAACUAUUUUUUUAGCAUUCUCUCCACUGUUCAUUUGCUGCAUUUUGUCAAUAGGCAAUUAAGAAUAUAAAAUUAUUGGUUCAGAAGAUAUCCUGAAAUAAAUGAAACUUAGGGACGAGUUAAAUCUUUGUGGGAAAGUGCAUCAAAAAUAAUUUUCCUCUUACUCCUCUUCUAGUUUGUCUAAUGCGAAAAGCUUUAUGAAUUUUUUUAUACAGAUAAAUUUCCAGAAAAUUAUAUGCUUGUGUUAUAUGGUACAAAGUCUGAUAUCCAGAUUCAAUGGGACUUUGGAAGUUCUAUAUUUUGGCAUUUUCCGAAUUUUAGAUAAUCAGUUUAAAUAUAGUAGCAUGAGAUUUAUAAAAUAAAAAAUAUGAAAUAAUGAAACAUUUAUGACCUAAAAGUAAUCAAAAUUUACCCCCCAAAAAACUAUAUUUAUUUAUUUGUUUUAUUAAAUGUUUCUUUCAAUGUAAGUUACUUUUUGUAUGUGUGUUUGUGUUAAUACUGUCUCUUUUAAUUUGAUAAAUAAAUAUAAUUUCUUAUUUAGUUACUAAAUUUCAUUGUUUAAUAAUCCUGUAAUUGCCAUGUCAAGAAUUUCCACUAAAUUGCCAAUCAACAUAUUUUUUAUUAUCAGCAACAUUUUGUCACUUUCUUCACUAUUGGUAGUGAUAUUUGCUGGCUUUAGAAGGAAAAUACAGAUUUUUCUUUUGUUAGUUGAUUGGAGCAUUUUCAUUGCGGUGGAAAACUUAUGGUACAUCAUCUUAAUUUAUUACUUUUUUAUGUUUCUCACAAAUUCUAUUAAUUGGAAAAUUUUGCUUUUUGUUUGCGAUAUAUAAAAGCCUUCAGAUUCGGCCUAUUACAAUCAUACAACUUUAUCACUAGUGUUUGCUGUACACUGUUGAUGAUGUAUCACAAUACCAGUGACUAGAGUCAUGCUGUUCCACUAAAUUUUUGUCUUGUUUCUAAUGUUUGCUAAGUUAAAUCAGAGGUGUUGAGGAUGUAUUAUGAGACCAGUGACUAUAGACAUGCUUUUCCAUUAAAUUUUUUUUUUUUUUUCUCUUUCUUGUUUCUAAUGUGUGCUAAGAAAGUUAAGCCUGAAUUAUUUUAAUUAAAUUGUAUAUUAUACUUACAUCUGUUUCCCGCAUAUGUUAGUCUAUCUAAGUCCUGAAAAAUAAAUUCCCACAUAUACUUAAAGCUUAUCUGAAUAGCAAAUCACUUAUUAAUAAUUCAAACAACACUAAAUGUAAUCUUUUGACUAUGCAUGCCGUCGACAAAAUCUAUUUUUUUCCAUAUGGAAAGAAAUAUCUGUUUAAUUUCUCUUCUUCAACAUUGCAGUACAAUUGGCUGGAGUCUGUUAUCAUUGUUAAGCAUAUUUUCAGCAUAAAAGGUUAUACCAUGCUGGUUGGUAUUUAGUUAUAAAUAUUUUUUAAAUAAAUGUUUUAGAUAUUGCUCUGCAUUACUCAUUUUCGAGCUACCAUGAGUUGAUAGUUACAUGCUGAUGGUAGCAAGAACUGCAUCUUUAGGUGGGUGUUAAGCAUUAUAAGUUAUUCAGCAAGUAUAAAAUCGCAAUAAACUUUGGUAGAGUUUUUUAGCUUGAGAUGCAUGCUAAUUAAAAAGCCAGAUACAGAGGAAAUUAUUGAUCAUGCAGAUAUAUGCUAGUAAAUGAUUCUGUUUCCUCAACAUGGAGAAAUUUUAUUUAGUGCCAAAGCAAAAUAAAGAUUCCUUCUACAUGCUUUUUUAUAGAAAAAAAUGUUUGUUGUGCAUAAGUGAAGCUUUAAGUAUAUGCUAAAGUGAGACUAUGUUAUCUAAAUCUAACUCUUUGUCCCUUUUCACAAAAAUAAAAUUUUUAAAAAAAGUGAUGGUAGUCCAGGUAUUGGGCAUCUGGAUUAUGGAUUUUGUACUGUACAUUUAAAUAGAUUUUCAUUGUCUUCAGGUAUUCUGAACUGGUAUGCAAUUUUACGUGAUAUGAAAAAGUUGUGGGAUAUUGCAUUUGAUAUUUCUAUUUUGGCAUUAGGACAAGUUUACACCAUUCUAAAAAUGCACAUUUAAAAAAAUAAACUCUUUUUAAGCAUUAAUACAGUGCCAUUUUGUUUUGUGAAAAAUUAAUAUCGUUAAUUCACAGGAAAAGUUUUGCCAUAGUCUUUUUGUGUUAUUUUGCUGUUUUUAGUUGUUUUCAUGAAGUAGGUUAAUCAAAAAAAUGUAGAGUUGCAUGAAAUAUAUGUAGUUAUUUUCUUUGUAUCCAUUUUUCACAAGUGUUUAAUUCAGAAUUAUUUAAAAUUUGUGUUUGAUAAGACUAGUACUUACCUCAUACAUAUAAUCCUGCUGUGCAGUAUUUUACUGGAACAACUUUUGCAUACUUUAAUUUUGUCUGAAUGUUCCUGUGUCUUUAGAUGUAGUGAAAAUCACUGAAGAGUUAUUGUGGCCUAUUAAUUUUUUUGUUUAAUUUUAAUGAAUUUCUAAUUUUAAAAAUGAAUAGGUCCUUGAAAAAACAAAUUCUGAUUUUAUAGCAUUCCUUUGUACAAAAGAUAUGUUUAUCAAGUUUUUUUUUUUUUUUUUUUUAAGUCUUGCAAAUUGUUUUAUCUAAAAACAACAACAACAAAAAAUCAAAAAUAUUGGUUUUAACUUUGUUUUUAACAUAUAUUUGUGGUAGUGAGCUUUUCAUUGUGGUAGAAAUCUCAUUGUUCACUCAAAACAAAAUUUAUAUACAUUUUGUUUCAUAUUUUUGUUGUUUUUAUAAUAUACUCUUCUAGUUUUAGUUUGUUACAGAAUUUACCUAUAGAUUUCAAACUGUAUUUUUACUUUUAUCUCUUCAAAUUAUUUUGAGCUAUAUAAUAAAAAAUGGAAACUAUAUGUUUUUAUGUGCCAUUAUAAGUGAAUUUAUAUUUUGUCUAAAUGUAAGAAAUGAAAUUCAUGUAUUAUAUUCAUGAGUAUUCUUUGUCAUAAUUACUUUGAAUUAUAACCAUACUUUUACUGUCUGUAAUUAUAUAAUGCAAGAUUAUUUUAAUAUUUAACUACCGUGAUUGUAUAUGGGUUUUAAGAUGUAUUAAUCAUAUAACUUUAGCCUCAUCAAUAUUUAACUAUCAUAAAAAUUUUUAUAUUUUUUAUUUUCCUCAUAAGUUGAACGCGGGUUUUAAAAAAUGCACUUGCUUGAUACAGUUGAUUAGUUAAAUCAUUAUUUCAAAAUGUUUUAUUCUAAUUUUAUUGUGGUUUACUAGUUGACUAAUUUCAAUAUUUAGGUUAUUGGUUUGCUAUGUGAAAUCUUUCAAAAAUUUACUUUAAUUAAAAGAAUUUAAUAUAACUGGCUGAUCUUUUCAAAUUAAUAAAUAUCAUAUAUUUUCGUAUUUCUAUGUACAAUAAAUCUUUAUUAAUGACAAUUUUAGACUUUUAAAGAAAAAUUCUUGGUUCCUACAAAAAUCAAAAAUGUUUCUUGAUAUGUUAACACUGUUUGCAUUUAAAAAUGUUGAAAAGAUUUAAAUGUUGGAUUGUUUAUAUUAGCAUAACUAAUAUUAUAUUUAUGAUUAUUGUAUAAAAUAUUUUAAAACUAUUGAUUUGUUUUUUGUUAAUUAAUGAACUACACUAGCUAAAAAUUAAAAAUAAUUAUAUGGAGAUUAAAAUUUUCAUGUGGUUUGUUUACAUGCUGUGCCAAAAACUUUCUUCUUUGAAUAUAUAUCAGUUAUUGUUAAAAAAUGUUUUGCUAAACUGAAUAAAUGUUGACAACUUAUCA